AUGGCCUCUACUCGUGUCGAUUCCGUCUUGCAUAAUCUGGAGUUGCUCCAGAACAACCUCGAAAAACGUGAUUCAUUUGAAACUGGAUUUUCCAACCUGCGUGAAGGAUUUGAGGCCCUCAAGCUGAAUCUGCUGUUCCUGAAACCAGUUCUUCUGUGUGCAAGAAACUGGAGCAACGACCAAUUGAAGGUAAGGCUUCGAGCUUUCUUGUCUAAGAUUGAAGCUGCUGUAAACAGACCUGGGAUGGAUAUAAACUCCCUCUAUCUUAGGUCAAAAAGUUCAUUCAAUUUGAAAAGCGUAGUCACAGCUUUGAAACCAGUCGUCUCUAAUUUGCUGCGAAACAUCGAGUCCUUUAAGCAAGAUAUCAUCGACAUAUACGAUACCUUGUCGAGCUGCAGCUCAUCAGAGUCCGGCUCUUGCUUAAGAGACUAUGAACUCGUGGACUUCAUAGACUCCGUUCUACAGAAUCUGAUCGAUCUUCUCAGCCGUCGGUAUUUUGAGUCCAUGGAAGAUUACAACAGUGCUUUGCACGCACAUAUUGAGGCCCUUGAAGACAAGCUUACAUUCUUGAAAAAUUUCAUUGGCUUUGCCAAAUUUCUGGGUGUUGAAGAACGUGAAUUGGGAGAUCUGUUGGCUCACGUUCAAGUUGUGGCUCUAAAUGCCGCACGCCUCUCUUACAAGUGUUUGUUUUACAAGGAAGAUGAAGAGAUGCAUGAUCCCAGGAUGUGCUCCAUAAUCAGUGAACUACUGGAGAAGAUUAACCCCGUUGACCUCCAAGUUUAUGAGACAUAUGUCAAAGUCCUUAAAGCUCCGAAAUCCCCAGAAUCAUUGCUUACAACGCAGACAGAUAUGCAAAUACUGAAGGAUUUUAAUGAUUCUCUCAUAAGUAGUCUUUGGGAACUCCUAUGGUGCAGAACCAGCUUCGCAGUUUCUGUGAAAGAUCAAAUGAAAAGACUCUAUGAGGGACUGAGAUUUUUGAGAAGCAUUCUGAAUGAGGCGCAGGAGAAUAUGAAUGAGCUAAAUGAUAAAAUUGUGGCUGUUAUUAGUGAGGCAGGAAUUGUAGUUUUCUCACUCUUUCUGAAUGAAAUGAAAGAACUGGGUGUUGACUCCUUAGUGGUCGGAGAAUCUGCUGAAUCUUGUGCUAUGUUAGUCAACACGAACAACAAUGUUAUGCUUAUUGUGGCUCAGCUAAGGGGUUCAAGCAUCUCAGGAAGUAAACCCUCCUGUCAUAGCUUCAAAGGACAAGUUCGCAAGACUACCCGUUUCAAGCCAUCAAGAGGUAGAGUACCAAUGACCGAUGAAUUUGUAGUUGGUCUCGAGGAUGAGGCAAAAAAAGUGAUUAACAGACUCGAAAGAGGAUCAGCAAUGUUGCAAAUUGUUCCCAUUGUGGGAAUGCCUGGACUUGGCAAGACCACUCUAGCCAAAAAAAUUUACAAUAGUCCCCCAGUUCGGGCUCACUUCCAUUUGUUUCUUUGGUGUACUGUUUCUCAAGAAUAUAACUUGAAAAAUCUACUAGUUCAAAUUUUGUCCUCUCUUGGUAAACAGGCUAGCGUGAAUGAAGAGCACAAAGUUCUGGAUGAGAUUGAUUUAAUGCUAAACCUCAAGAAACUGUUAUUGAAGAAUAGAUAUCUCGUUGUUUUAGAUGAUGUCUGGGACAUUGGGGUAUGGCAUGGCUUGUGUCAUUCAUUCCCUGACGAUAGGACUGGAAGUCGAAUCCUAAUUACAACUCGAGAAUCUAGUGUGGCUUCAGAGGUUAGAAUUGGUGUGGAUUCUGUGGAACUUCACAAUCUUCGUGAACUCACCAAAGAAGAGAGUUGGGAAUUAUUGCAGACGAAGGUGUUUGGAGAAGCACAUUGUCCUCCACCACUACGCAUGCUUGGGGAGAAAAUAGCAAGAAAUUGCAAGGGAUUGCCUCUUACCAUAGUCAUCAUAGCUGGAAUUUUGUCAACUAUAGAGGAUGAGGCUUGGAGUGAAGUUGAUAGUUUAACUUCAGCCAUUGCGUAUGAUACAGACCGGUGCAAGUAUACAUUGGAGCUGAGUUACAUGAACUUACCACUUCAUUUGAUACCAUGCCUUCUCUACUUUGGGGCAUUUAGAGAAGAUCAAGAAAUUGAAACUGAGAAGUUGACGAGACUAUGGAUAGCCGAAGGCUUUGUAUCUGCUGAAGAGCCUGUGCAAGAUACAGAACCAAAGAGAUUAGAGGAUUUAGCAGAAGAAUACAUGAUGCAUCUUAUUGGCCGAAACCUAAUCAUGGUUGCCAAACAAGGACAUACUGGUGGAGUCAAAACUUGUCGCAUUCAUGAUCUAUUACACGAGUUUUGUAAGGACAGCCAAACAAGAAAAUUUCCUACAGGUGUUGCGUGGCUACAUCUGCUAUUGUUUAGUCAGAUUGAAGAGACUGAUUCAUUCAUCGCUGAUAUGUCAUUUGUCUUUGGCAUCUACAAAAAACUUCGGGUGUUGGAUUUGGAGCAAAUUUUUCUGCGGCAUAAGGUUUUACCUGGAGAAGUAGAAGCUCUUGUUGAGCUGAGAUACUUGGGUGUUCAGGGUGCAAUGAGUUCCAUUCCCUCCACAAUUGACAAGCUCUCCAACUUAGAAACUUUUGUUGUGAUUGCUGAAUCUGGUACUGUUUCAUUGCCAGAUACCAUAUGGAACAUGACCAAGUUGAGGCAUCUACAUGUGGUGGGCUGGAACGUUACUUGUUCUUUGCCGAGUGAAAAUCUUGAAAACACCUCCGGCCUCUCGAAUUUAGAUACUCUUUCCACCUUGAUUGUGACUUUAGACGACAGAGCGGAAAAUAUAAUGAGAAAGAUUCCAAAUGUCCGCCAACUGAAGAUCCAACUCUCGGCAGCAGAGUGCUCUGUGGGAUGCUGCAACUUAAGUCACCUUUCAAGUCUAGAAGCACUCGAAGUGUUGGCGGAGUCAUUGCCAUCGAAUCCUGUUGAGUUUUCUUUCCCUCUACAGUUAAAAGAGUUGGUCCUUGGAGGAUUGUAUCUGCCCUGGAGUAAAAUUUCAGUGAUUGAGGAACUACCCGACCUUGAGGUCCUUAUAUUACUCGGCGAGUCAUUUGUCGGAUAA